AUGUUAUCUUCAGUAACACCUUCACAAAGUGUCUCGACACAAUCCAACUUGACACAGCAGCAUCAGAAAAGCUAUAUACCCGAGAAAGAUGAUCUUUGGUCUGGCAUCUUGAAAGGUGUAGCAUCGUCCAAGAUUGUGCCAACCAAAAACGUCCUGAUUUUAGGCGAGCCAGGUGUUGGAAAAUCAACAUUAGUCCAUUUCCUGAAAAAUGAUCCAAGUCCACAACAGCUGCCUAAAUUCGAUCACAACGAGGAACAUCCAGCUUCAUUUAGUGCCAAUCCCAAAAACUAUGCCCAGCCCAGCAACGAUAACAUGACUCGACAAUUUCAAGACCAAGAGAAAAUCGAUUUGGCCUUGGGAUAUUCGUUUGUAGAUGUCAAAGAUGAAGAAAAUGAAGGUAAUGGUGGGACAGAGAAAACAAGGGGCAAGGUGAUUUGUAACCAACGUUUAUUCUCACACAUGCACACACAAUACACAGCGAUGGCAAGACUUGGUUUGUACCAACUCAGCCUGGCUUCUCCAGAGUUCUUGCCUUUGCUGAAAUUUGCCAUCAGAGCAGACACAAUUGCUGAUUCAUGUGUGCUUAUCUUGAUGGAUUGGACGCGUCCCUGGAAGUUCCUGGAGACAUUGGAGCGCUGGAUCAAUGUGUUGCAUUAUUUAAUAGACGAAAUUUGCAAGGAAGGGAUAGCAGCAGACACAAAUUGGAGCAAAGGAAGAGCUGUUGUGGAUGAGAUCAAGGAGAAAUUGGAACAUUAUUUACAGAUGUAUACAGAACCGUCCAUGAUAAACAGCAACAUCACCAUCACUGCCUCUACUUCUACCAGCUCAGUGCCCUCUGUCAUGGCUACGAGCAGCACGCCUAUACUGAGCAAUGCCAAUCUGCCUUCCACAAUGGAUCAGCAAGUGAUGCUACCGUUAUCUACUGGCUGCUUGACAAACAAUCUAGGGCUGCCAAUCACUGUUGUCUGUUGCAAGAGCGAUGCUAUCAAUAAGCUAGAGCAAACACAUGACUUCAAAGAUGAUCAAUUUGAUUAUAUCCAGCAAUCGCUUCGAUGCAUCUGCAUGAAAUAUGGUGCAGCCUUAUUCUACACAUCAACACUUCAUCCAUACACAUUCCAUAACCUUCGUGAAUACAUCCUUCAUCGCACAUUAAGUACUCUUGCCAAACCAUACCAAUUUCACCUAAAAGCGCAAGUAAUUGAACGUGAUACAGUACUUGUGCCUUCAGGAUGGGACUCGUGGGGCAAAAUUAAGGUGCUGAGAGAAGGCUUUGAUUGCGAUCAUGUAAGUGAAGGCUGGGAUGCAGAUAUGGAUGCGGUCAUUGAUCGACAAAAACCCGGAAAUACAGGUGCAAGAGGCACAUAUGAAGAAGCUAUACCCAACGGUGAAUCAGAGAUUCAGCCUCAAUACAAUAUACCUACCACAACCAUUUGUGAAGACGAGCAGUCAUUUUAUGACCGCCAUUAUGAGAAAUUACAAAAGAACCAAGAAUCUAAGCAGAACGGCAUGAGCAAUGGAUCAGGAGGAGACAUGGCUAGACCUGGCGUUGUUGGGCCUCUGAGUCAAUCACCAGCUGCAGCCUUACAAGGUAUGAUGCGAGGUGGCGGAAGUGCUGCAUCCAACCCAAUGUCAAUAACAACGACAUCACCGCCAGCAUCGUUGUCAUCGUUAUCGUCAAUAGCAUCAUCGCCUACUGAAAAUGGCCAUCAUUUGGAUAGAACAAGCAGCCGAAAGAAGGAUCUAAGCUUGGAAAAGUUACUUAUGAAAGGCAUCAACAACAAGAAUGGCCAUAUGUCGCCCUUAUCAUCACCCGGUGGUGGUAAUAAGGGAUCCAUGCCUACUGCAACAGGAGCGAUACCCAAUGCUGCGGCUAUGUCUGUUUCGCCAACCAGCGCCAGUCAACAGAAUGCACCUUCGCAUGAAGUAUUAGCCAAUUUCUUCCAAUCGCUUUUAAAGAAUUCAUCAGGCACAGGUGGUGGCGGUGGUGGAUCUCCUACCUCUGCUACAUCGCCCCUCGGUGGACCAGGUGGUCAACCUAAUGGCAGAAGCCAUAAAGAAUUGGACCUGAUGAGACAAUAUACCGCAAGCAAAUAA